UCCGCGCCGGGGUACAGUCUGCUGCUGGAGGAGCAAACCUGGCAACCUGGCAGCUUUCGGACGGAGCCCGAUCGGCAAUCUGGCAAUGCGGAAAUAGAUCUGGCACCCCCGGAUUGAGGAGAGAAGGCGUGACAGAGCGAGCUGGAGGAGUAGAGAGAGAGAGAGAGAGAGAGAGCUGGGAUUGCGCUGACAAAGAUCAAAUAACACACACUUUCUACCCACGUUGCCGUUUCUCGAUUUUUUUUUUUUUAUUAAAGUGCUCAGGUGCGCGCUCGUCCGCACCAGCUCGCGCUUUUCCUCCAGCUUUUUGUGGUUUGUUUUGUCCACGCUGAGACAGAAAGAGGGGGGGAAAAAAGAAGAGAAAAGAAGAAGUGCGUUUUUAAUCGCCUCUAUUCCGGACUUCUUUACUUUGACUUCUUUUUUUUUUUUUUUUUUUAACCCUUUCCCCCUUUUCCCUUCCUCGUCAACCAUGGAUGUUUUGGCGAAUUACAGUAUUUUCCAGGAACUCCAACUCGUCCAUGACACUGGUUAUUUCUCGGCGAUGCCUUCCCUGGAGGAGAACUGGCAGCAGACAUGCCUAGAGUUGGAGCGGUAUCUACAGACGGAGCCCAAGAGACUCUCGGAGCUCUUCGACGAGGAGUUGGACUGUCUCCUAACACCGGCCUUCAUGCAAGGCGGCGACAGCGAUGAGGACCUGAUGGACCCGCUCCUGCCCAGCCUCCCCGACCAGCCGAGCCCACCGCCGUUACUCGUAACCCUCCCCAAGGUUCAGGCCAAAAUCCUUCAGGUGCCCAGUCCCAACAAGGCUCAGGCGGCAGCCGGAACCGACACGAAGGACCAGGUCCUCGGAGGAGUCAGCGCCGCACAGCUCAGCGCCGCCGUCACGUCCCUGACGCCGCCGUCUUCGCCGGAGCUCGGCCGGCACCUCUUUAAGCCCACACAGACGCUGACCGCCACGGCAGAUGGCACGCUAACGCUCAAGCUGGUGGCGAAGAAGGUGGGACUAGGGGCGACCAAGGUGGUGGCGGCACGUGCGUUGCCUUCCCCGCCGAGCCGAGGAGGAGCGCUGAGUGACGGCGAGCAGGGAGGCGGUGGAAGUCUGGGAGGAGAUAUUCCUGAGAACAAGAAGAGAGUCCACAGGUGCCAGUUCAAUGGCUGCAGGAAGGUUUACACCAAGAGCUCCCAUCUGAAGGCACAUCAGAGGACCCACACAGGUGAGAAGCCCUAUAAGUGCUCAUGGGAGGGCUGCGAGUGGCGCUUUGCCCGCAGCGACGAGCUGACGCGACACUACCGCAAACACACCGGAGCGAAGCCAUUCAAGUGCAACCACUGCGACAGGUGCUUCUCACGAUCAGACCACCUGGCCCUGCACAUGAAGAGGCACAUCUGAGGGCCGGAAAGGAGAGGAGUGGACGAGGAAGACGACUGGUGGAGGACGAGGAGGAGUAGUGGCAGGAGAGAGGGAUGGCCGGAGAAGCUACGAACCGUUAAAGAGCAAAAACCCUCAACGGUCACUUCGAGGAUCUCCAUCGGAGAAGAGGAGAAAAGGAGGAGACGAGGAGUAGCUAGAUUGUUGUUUUUCUUUAAUAUUACACAUUCACACUUCGCAGUAGUACACACUUCGCACAUCCGUCUUCUAGUGCAUCACCCCGGUGAACCCUGGCUGCUCUCGCGCAGCUCGCGGGUCUUGGACACUGCCAAACCGUGCUUGAGUCGCUAGACAAAACACUCUGCCGCCUUACUUUCUUUCUAUGUAUUCAACCCGUUUACAUUAGUGAGUCAUUCUGGUGAGGAAGCAAUCCAGCGGGACGGGGGGGCAAACUCUAAUAUUCACUUAGUCAGUGCUUUCGAAUACUCAACGUUUUUUCUUGCCGUUUCUUUUUUGUAGUUUUUUUUUUCCUACAUGAAACACAUGAGGAAAUAUCAUCCGCCGCACUCAGCUUCUGUAAUCUACGUGGGAAAAAAAACAACAACGGACACGACGCCAUGCGGAUCGAGACUGACAAUCGACGCCCCUCUCCAGCCCCUGAGCUCCCUCUCGCCCGAAGGGGCGUUUCGGGGCGUUCGUGGGCAGAUGCUGCUGCAGCUCUCAGGCUCUCCUCCGAAAAAAAAAAAAAAAGGGAGUUUGCAUCUCUCGACCUUCGCCGAGACGCCUGCCGCCUCCGCUGGCCAUCCGACAGAAACGCGCAGCGACACUUUCUUCCCGUUUUUUUCUACUUUGAAGAACAAUAAUCCUUCUUAUUGUUAUACAUAAUUUUGGAAAAAGGAAAAAAAAAAGAAAAAAGUAAGACACUUUUGCGCUUUUCUCUCUUGGAGAACACUUCUUAGAUCUCACUGAAAUGUCAGAGGAAAGACUGGAUGUCUAAGGUGACUUCAACAGAAUGUGUGGGAAGCGAAGGAGAGCGUUCUUGGUCUGUUUUAUCUUUUUUUUUUUAUUCCUCUGAACACUGACACUGCAGACUGUGUGAGCAGCCGAUGGACGGGGUGAAAGCAAAAAACUGAAUCAGCCCAGAAUAAGAGAUCGGUGUUUUAUUUGAGCUGAAAUAAAAGCAAAAAGCAGAGAGGUGUUCGUUUUUCUUUCUGCCCCGCCAUCCAACGCAGCUCAGAAACAAAACAACAAACCCCAGGAUGACCUGAAGAGGGAGGACCGACUUACAAACUGGCAAACUUCCUUUUUUUAUUUAUUUAUUUUUUAUUCAUUAGUCUCUUUUAUUCUGUAAGUCAUCCCUGUGCGUUUCCACCGACUCAGAGGAGCCUUCUUCCUGGCAGCACUGCAGGGCGAGAACUGGGGCUCAGAGCUGCUUUUUGCUUUUUUUCCCCACACAUGGGACUGAAGAUGCCAGCUUUGACGUUCGCAUGUUGGAUUUGGACAGAAUUGGUCACACGGACGCCGGUGACUUCGCCUGUUUUGUAUCCAUUAACUGCACUUACUUCCUUUUUUUUUUAUUGUUAUCUGUGCUUUUUUUUUUCUACAGCUUAAAAUAAGAGAAAAAAUGAAACACAAUGGAAAAAAAAACAAAAAAAAACUAUAAAAGACUGUUAAAAAUACAACACAAAAAACAGCUCUUUCUCUCUCUGUACACUUUGCAUACAGAACAAGCACAUGUACGCCGUCAACACACACACACACACACACACACACACACACACAC